CUGCCUGCGAGCAUUUACAGAGGGUGAAGAUGACCUCCACAGCAGAUCGACUGGCCCACCAGCACCAGAGGGCUGAGGGCAUUGGUACCAACCAGAAGGCAGUGAAGUUUUGCAAUCAGGACUAUGAGACCCUGCUGCAGCAGUGUUUGAGCAGCGGAUGCCUGUUUGAAGAUGACUGCUUCAAUGCUGAGAGCAAGUCACUAGGUUAUAAUGAACUGGGACCAUACUCGUCCAAGACAAGAGGGAUUGUUUGGAAGAGGCCAACGGAGCUGUGUCCUUCCCCAAAGUUUAUAAACGAUGGAGCCACCAGGACAGACAUUUGUCAAGGAAUUUUAGGAGAUUGCUGGCUCCUGGCAGCUAUUGCUUCUCUAACUCUUGACCAGCGGAUCCUGCAUCGUGUGGUGCCACCUGGACAGGAUUUUACCCAGGAUUAUGCUGGAAUAUUUCACUUUCAGUUUUGGCAGUAUGGUGAGUGGGUGGAUGUCGUGGUGGAUGAUCGUUUACCCACUAAAGAUGGGAAGCUUCUGUUUGUUCAAUCAGCAGAAGGCUCAGAGUUCUGGAGUGCUUUGCUGGAGAAAGCAUACGCAAAGGUGAACGGUUGCUAUGAGGCUCUGUCUGGAGGACAGACCAUUGAGGGGUUUGAGGAUUUCACAGGAGGAAUUGCUGAAAUUUAUACCUUAAACAAGGCUCCACCUGAGCUCUUCCAAAUCAUUCGGAAAGCCUUAUGCCUGGGUUCACUGAUGGGCUGCUCUAUUGAUAUCACCAGUGCCUAUGAGACAGAGGCAGUGACAGCUCUGAAGCUUGUUAAAGGUCAUGCAUACUCUGUUACUGGAGCACAGGAGGUUAACUAUGAUGGCAGGGUUGUUCAACUGGUCCGGAUGAGAAACCCAUGGGGAAAAGUGGAAUGGACAGGUCCUUGGAGUGAUGGAUCCUCUGAGUGGAGGAACGUCAGUGAGGAGGACAAAACUAAGCUGAACCACGUGGCUGAAGAUGGAGAGUUCUGGAUGUCUUACUUAGACUUCAUCAAGCACUUCUCCACGCUGGAGAUCUGUAACUUGAGCCCGGACACGCUCCAAAGCGAUGAAGUUGGUCACUGGAACUACUACCAGUUCGAAGGGAUGUGGAGGAUUGGAUCCACUGCUGGCGGCUGCAGAAAUCAUCUAGCCACUUUCUGUACCAAUCCUCAGUUUGUUGUGCGUCUGGAGGAUGUUGAUGAUGAUCCUGUGGAUGGGGAGGAUGGAUGCACCUUUCUGGUGGGGCUGAUGCAAAAGGAUGGACGGACGAAGAGGAGGCUUAACCGCGAUAUGGAAACCAUUGGCUUUGCUAUUUAUAAGGUCCCAGAUCAGUACAAAGGCUGUCAUAAUGUUCACCUUGGCCCAGACAUACUGCUGCGCCAGAAUCCUGUAGCCAUGAGCAGCAACUUCAUCAACACCCGUGAAGUAUGUGAUCGCUUCAGACUCCCUCCAGGAGAAUAUGUCAUCAUUCCUUCGACCUUUCAUCCCUAUAAGAACGGCAGUUUUCUUCUCAGGGUCUUCUCAGAGAAAGAGGCUAGCACCAGUUCAUUGGAGGAGGAGAUAGGUGCUACCAUAGAAGAGGAGGAGUUGUCAGAGAGUGAUAUUGAUCCCAAUUUCAAGAAAAUCUUCAAGGAAGUUGCAGGCAAUGACAUGGAGGUAUCUGUCUUUGAUCUGGUUAAAAUUUUGAACAACAUUGUUUCUCACCGCCCUGACCUCAAAACAGAUGGAUUCAGCCUUGAGACAGGGCGCCUCAUAGUCAGUCUGCUGGAUAAAGAUGAAAGUGCCAAGCUGGGUUUGAAGGAAUUCUACGUUCUCUGGAACAAACUUCAGAAAUACCUGGAGAUCUUCAAGAGCCACGACACAGACCGCUCAGGUACAAUGAGCUCCCUCGAAAUGAGAGAUGCUGCAAACAAAGCAGGAUUUCACAUCAACAGCUUGUUGUUGCAGGCCAUUGUCAAUCGCUAUGCAGAUGCACUGUAUGCGAUAGACUUUGACAACUUUGUAGGCUGUCUCAUUAAGCUGGAAAUGCUCUUCAAAAUGUUUAAAGCAAUGGAGAAAGGAGACUCCGGGAAGAUUGAGCUGAGCAUGGAAGAGUGGAUGUGCCUGGCGAUCUAUUAGCUCUGAGGACAAACAAGGAAAGAAAAUCAGGAACAAGAAGAAAUAACAUAAAAAGCAUUGAAUGUUGAAACUAGUCAAUGUUUGGGCUCUAUACAUUCUGUGAAAUAAAAAAAUAAAGAA